AUGAAGCUGCUCGAAAAAGCCAAAUCAGACGUUGUGAACGAUGUCACUUGGAACAGAGCAGCUCGACUAGGAGUCAAAGGAGCCAGAGCUCUGCCAUCGGGAACGGUGCAGUAUCUUAGCGACAAAGUCCCCAUUGUUGGCUGGCUGCCAAGAUACAACUACCGAUGGCUCGUGAAUGAUCUAAUCGCUGGGCUGACUCUGGGUCUCAUGUUGAUUCCUCAGGGUUUGUCAUAUGCUAAGAUUGCAGACAUUCCUGUUGAGUAUGGGUUGAUGUCCAGUUGGCUGCCAGCUGUGAUCUAUGCCUUCAUGGGAACCACCAAAGAUGUCUCGACAGGUCCAACAUCACUCAUCGGCCUCCUCACGUCCGAAAACGUCCACGCCCUUCAAGAUCGAUGGACUCCUUCAGAGAUCGCCUCUGCAACGGCUUUCAUGAUGGGAAUCUAUGGCAUGAUUCUCGGCUUUUUGAAACUCGGAUUCCUCCUCGAAUUUAUAUCUCUCCCAGUUCUCAGCGGAUUCAUCACUGCCAUUGCUAUCACCAUCAUACUCAACCAGAUGGACUCUCUCCUCGGCGAGGAGAACGUCCGCGAUGGUGCAGCAAAGCAAAUCCACGAUAUUUUCAAUGAGCUUCCCAAUGCCAACGGCUGGGCUUGUCUGAUUGGCUUCACUGGUAUUCUAUUCCUGACUAUUCUUGAGAAAUCUGGAAAGAGGUGGAGCAAAGAUAACAAGAUCAUAUGGUUACUCUCCACCACAAGAGCCUUCCUGGCGCUGGUGCUUUUCACUGGUGUCAGCUACGCAGUGAACAAGAACCGAGAGGAUUAUCUCUUCGAGGUUGUCAAGGUCAAGUCCACAGGUCAGCAAGCACCGACAAUGCCAAGAUCCGACCUCAUUCCUGAGGUUGCUGGGCGCAGUAUUGCCGUGUUCAUUGGCUCUGCAGUUGAACACUUGGCCAUUGCACGUGCUUUCGCUGUCAAGAAUCACUAUACCUCUGAUCAGAGUCAAGAGCUUUGCUAUCUUGGCAUCACCAACUUCUUCAACAGUUUCUUCCAUGCUAUGGGUGUUGGUGGUGCCAUGUCUCGUACAGCUGUCAACUCGUCGUGUAACGUCAAAUCGCCUUUAUCUGGUGUCGUUACCAUGGCUGUUGUACUAGUAUGUGUCUACGAACUCGUCGGAGCGCUGUUCUGGAUUCCAAAGGCCACUCUUGCUGCUAUUAUUAUUACUGCCGUCUGGGGACUCAUCUCGCCUCCUUCAACAUUCUAUCGGUACUGGAAGACGUCUUUGGCCGACUUCAUCGCUUCCAUGCUAGCUCUAUGGGUCACGCUCUUUCACUCAAGUGAAGUCGGCAUCGGCUGCGCUGUCGGGUUCAACAUUGUCUACAUCCUGCUUCGCCAGGUCUUCACACGGAUAUCAUCAACUGGAGCCGAUGUUGAGUCAAACAUCAGAUCAUCCUGGUCACCUCGAAGUAACGGUCCGUCAAUGAUUAUCUCUGAGGACACCAGAAUCUUCACCUUCAAUGAGUCUCUCAUCUUCCCUAACGCUUUCCAUAACACCUCAAAGGUACUUGAUGAGAUCCAAACCUUCCAUGCACCUUUCUACAGUGGCAGUCAUGGCCCCGAGACAGAGCGAAACUGGUCUGUCGUAGGAGAAAAGAAGGUUGCACGUCUACGCAAGCAGGCCAACAUCACCGACCCUUCAUCAUUGCCAGGAAUUGGACUCGUUAUUCUGGACUUCUCUCGCGUCAACAUGCUAGACACAACUGCUGUCACAUACCUCAAGAACCUGGUAACUAACUUGAAGAACUAUGGAGGAGACGGUAUAGAGGUUCGAUUUGCCAACAUGAACGCCGUGUGUCGUGAGCGAGUAACUCGGGCAGGUUGGCGCCUCGUCGAGGUCGGCUCGGAAGAAGAGUUCGAUGGCGACUCAGAUGAUGCCAUGUACCUCUACUGGGACACGGGGGCGGCGCUAGCGGCUCCGAGGAGGAGAGGCUCAAUAUUGAGUGAUGAUGGAAAAGGCCACACGAUGCACGAGGAGAAGGUUGAGUAA